CGCUUGUUAUGUGUGUGACAGAGAGACACGUGAGCCGGUGUGACUGCAGAAGCAGCUCCAGUCAUGACUGCAAGGUCAGGCAGAAUGAGUGAAGAGGAAGGUGUGUGUGUAUACACUGUAUUAUGUGCGUGUGUGUUAACCGCACGUGUAAGAGAAGGGGUACAGUUAGGGAGUCUAGGUUUCAUGUUUCUGCUCUGUGAAACAUUUGCUCCACUUCUGUGGUGUAAAAUCAAACGUGGCCUAUUAAUAGUUCCUCAUGCACUCGGACACGCACGGCUGCUAAUGUUCAAGUGUCCCCUGGUUGUCCAGAAGAAAUGAAGAAAUGUGUGUGUGGUUUUUCCCGUAUUAUACAACGCUGACCAUGUUUUAAAUAGCCUCUCAAGUAUCCCAUUUUGGUGUCAUGCUGUGUAAUUGGAAGAAGGAGAUGUCUGACUUGGUAAAAAUGCUGUUUGAGCAGCAGAAACUUUACUCGAUCCCAACUCCGAAUAUGUCAGCGGUGUCGGUGUAAAGCGAUGAGUCAGAUUGGCGACGCACAAGUUUGAGAUCUAAUGUAAUCGCUCGAGUUUAUUAGUGCCAAAGGUUCAUGAAUCAAAAGGUCCACACGAGGGCUGAACCUUCAAUCAGAACUCUAUCAGGUCGCAGGAGGCAAGUCUAGCGGCGCUGCAGAGAUGUCCCGGCCUACAGAUCGUACUGUACCGAGCCUCACAAAAAUAGAUCUUUCAAUGAAAAUGAUGCAAAAGUUAUCCUUCCCUCCAAUAUCGUGAAUCCUCAGUCAAAAUGCUGCAGCAGUCCAAGAAUCAAUAUAUCAAAAGUAAAAGUACAAAUGUUGUUGCUUCUUGGACUUUGUCGUUAUAAUGCAGUUUAUUGUGGCCACAGUUCAAUAUCUGUCUUUACAGCCCGCACUAGUGCAUCACUGCGUGUGUGUGAGAGAUACUUUGCAACAGAAGUACAGAAACGUGAGAGAUUAUAUGCAUUGUGUGUGUGUGUGUGUGUGUGUGUGUGUAACAAAGAUCGCUCUGUUGGGCAGAGGUUAUUUUUACCCGUCAGUUGUUGGAGUGCAGUUUCCAGCUCCAGAGGUCACUGUGAGCCUCCGAUUACUGGACGACAGCUCUCAUCCAUUUGAGCAGCUGCUUCACUCGAGCGUUUCUCCCACUGCUUAUUACAUUUUAAUCCUGCUGCAGAUUGUUUUAAUCAUACUUGAACGUACAAAAGAACACAGAGGCAAUAUGUGUGUGUGUGUGUUUUAUUUGUAUUUAAACGCUGAACAUUUGAACAAAAUCUUGAAAUUUUGCAAAAAGCUUCUUUACCGUCCGACUGCCACUCUUUUAAUUACAUCAUCUUGUUGCGCCUUCUUCUUCUGCAAUGUUUUCCCGACUGGACAAGUGGCGCCCCCUGCUGCGUAAACGGACAAACAACUCCUAAUAAUCACGUAAUGAUGUUGGAUGGGGAAAAAAGCAUGAAUGUUUCUCAAGAUUCUGAAGAAAUGUGCGAUGCAUUAUAAAGUAAACCUGGUUAUUGCAACAUUGUGUGAUCGAUGCAGCAAAGACGAUCUGAAGACAUGUUUCGUGGGGCCACAUUUAGGUGCAGAGUCUGUUAAACCGUAUUUAGUAACAGGCAAUGUUUCAAUGAUUAGAGUUGCCACUUCUCUUUGAACAGGUGGAAGGGGGAGCGGUGCAGCGCUGGUGACUCCCACUCAGGUGCUAAAAGUGGACCAAACUAAUUGAUGUGUAGAUUCUCAACAAACUAAUGUUCGAAAUGAAUUUAUUGAAGCUUCAGCUUUCACCCCUUCACUUCCUUUCCUUCUGUCCCAUUCUUCUUAAAACAAGCCGGUUGCUUGUGCACCUUUUGAACUGUCCCUUCUUUUUCUUCUUCCCUAUCUCUCCCUAGCGUAUCUUGCUUUGGAGCCCUCUUCUUAUUCCCACCCCGGCUCUCAGAGCCUCUCCAAAGGUAUCUUUCUCUCUCUAUCUGCUCUGCUCUGCGACUUCUUCAUUAGAUACACACACCUGGAGCCCCUCUGCUUUUUGCAUGUAGAUGACAGCAGACAAGAAAUGUGCGUAGUAUUGGUCUGCUUUGCCACUGUAGACAGCUUGUAGUACUGUACGGUGUGUGUGUGUGUGUGUGUGUGUGUGUGGAGUCCCUUUAUGUCUGUAUAGUGCUACUGUGGCUUCAUUGCAUUCAGACCACUAGCAACCGCCUCGGCAUGUGGUGGAGCUAUUUCAUCAAAUGGCAUAAAUAGUGUUUGAGCCGUAGAAGAGGCACACUGUUUAUUGUAACCACACUGGUUCAUGAUUGGCUGCUACAGGACAGAUCUUUGAGGAAGUGGCUGCUCACGUUGCUUGUGGUCAGAACAUUUGAUUUUUCCUCGGUGCUGAUCGGGUGGAGCAGAUGACCAAGACGUACAAUGACAUCGAAGUGGUGUCGCACCUUUUGGCUGAGCGGGACAGAGACUUGGAGCUGGCCGCUCGGAUCGGUCAGUCACUUCUGCAGAGGAACCACCUGCUGCAGGAGCGCAACGAGGCCGUAGAGGAGCAGCUAGCACAGACCCUGGACCAGGUUCACCAGCUUCAGCAUGAGCUCAGUAAGAAGGACGAGUUGCUGCGGAUGGUGGCCAGCGCCUCGGAGGAGAGCGAGACCGACUCCAGCGUGUCCACACCGCUGCGGCAGCCUCAGCCACCUCGGGGAACCAAUGCUGCUGCCACACUCAGCCAGCUGGAGGGUCUGCACAACAAGCUGCAGGACUUGGAGGAGGAGAACAUGUCACUGAGAUCUCAGGCGUGUCAACUGAAGACCGACACCAUCACCUGUGAGGAGAAGGAGCAGCAGCUUGUGAGCGACUGUGUGAAGGAGCUCCGUGAGUCCAACAGCCAGAUGGUGUCUCUGACUGAUGAACUGUCUCAGAAGAACGAGGAGCUGCUCAGACACCAGGAGGAAAUCUCUCAGCUGCUCUCCCAGAUAGUCGAGCUGCAACACAGAGUGAAGGACCUGGCUCUGGAGAAAGAGGAGCUGAGGAUUCACCUGCAGGCGUCUAAAGAAGCUCAGCGACAGCUCACAGCAGAGCUGGACGAGUUGGCGGACAGGAAUGCGGAGUGUGUAGAGAUGCUCCAUGAGUCCCAGGAGGAGAUCAGAGAACUUCGCAAUAAAAGCACUCCCUCUGCUGGGAUGCGAAGGCACCUGUCUUACGGCCUCUACCCCAUGGACUCUCUGGCAGCGGAGAUCGAGGGCACCAUGAGGAGGGAGCUGAGUGUCGAUGAGGAGACCGCCUCUCUGGACCAAAAAGUUUCCCAGAAGCGAGUCUUCCAAACAGUCCGCUCCAUCAACGCCUCAGCAUCGCGGCCAUCCUCGGCCACCCCUCCCAUCCCCGGCUCAGGACAGAGCUCCCUGGUGAUGACCGCACAGCCCUUCCAGUCCACUCAGGGGGAGGAGGUGCGAAUCGGCCAGCCCGGCUGUCCUGGAGGAAACGACCUGACCAAAGCCCUCCACCGGCUGUCGCUGCGACGACAGAACUACAUGUGCGAGCGCCGGUUCUUCCAGGCGGAGCGGGAGAAGAAGAUGCAGGCCCUGGCGGGGGCAGAGGGGGACGGGGAGAGCAGCGGCUGCAGCUCACCGAUGGGCAGCGUGCACUCCUCUUUCUCCAACCUGUCAGAACUCUCCUUCAGCUCCAGUAUUUUCAAGACCUUCCUGCCUGAGAAGUUGCAGAUCGUCAAGCCCAUGGAAGGCUCACUGACGCUCCAUCACUGGCAGCAGCUGGCCACACCACACCUGGCCACCAUCCUGGACCUCCACCCUGGGGUGGUGACCAAAGGUUCCUGCCCACUGGCUCCGGACGCUAUUUACCGCCUGUCUGACAUGGAGGAGGAUGAGGAGGAUGAAGAGCACAGGGGUGUCCAGGAGAAGGGGGCGGCAGAGCGGGGUAAGGAAGAGGAGGACGAGGAGGAAGGCGGGAUUACCUUCAAGGUGCGCUGUUCGUCCACGCCGGACGAGAGGAAAGACAGAAAGCAUUCACCUCUCCCUGUCCCGCCUCUCUCCCCCACCCUGCCGACACCGGCCACUUCCUGCUCAGUCCCAUCAAACCUCUGUCUGACCCCCGCACCCCGACAUGUCACUGAGAAAUCCAGCCUAUCAACUCAGCCCAUUGCAGGGGCCUGUACAUCCGUGGUCACAUCACAGAGUCAGAUUUGCAUCUCCACAUCAACAACAACAUCUUCUUCUGUUGUGUGUUCAGUCCAAAAUCCAGGGAAGUGUCAGAGCUCCACCUUCUCUACCUACACCUUCACGACCUGUAGCAUCCUGCACCCCAGUGACAUCACACAGGUCACCUCAAGUUCUCAGUCGUCCAUCAUGGCCAACACACCCAGCUCCAUGAGGACAGGUCCCAGUACUCCUGUGACUCCUUGCAGACUGAGUCUGGGUGACUGCUUUCCCCCUCGACGCCCCCCUGUGCCCACCAGAGGCCUGGCUAAGCUGGUCUUGGAGAGGGGUAUUUCUGCACAAGUCUCCACUGACACCCCCCCUCCAUCCCCAAAACCCACACCCCGGCAGCCCCUGUUUCGACUCUUACCAAGCACACCCCCCAACUCUCCCUCCCACUCACCAUCUCCCUCCCCAGUGCCCCAGGAGUCCCGCCAGCACUCGGCUGACAAUUUCCUAGCCUCACGGCCAGCAGAACUUUUUCUGCAGGACGUUUAUGGGUUGAAUCUGGGUCGCGCCCCACAUCCAGACCUACCAAGCCCCUCCCAAGGAACUCCAAACCGUGCCCCAUCCCCUAAGACAGGCCGAGCCAGGCCUGACCUCGGCCUAGUGGAGAGGCUACGGCGGUUGGGAUUCACCAAGGUGCUCCAGGGUGCAGAGUCUGAGGCUGCAGCGCCACGGCAGGAUUCUUCUACUUUUGUGUCAGCAGGCGGGGGGAGCCUAUUGGACGGUUUGAGGCGCAACCAGAGCCUCCCGGCCAUGAUUGGUGCCCGGGCGGGGAAGUCGGUCGGUAACCCGAUACCUCCUCCUCACCCGACCUCCCUGGCCCUCCCCACACCACCCUGGGGAAACCCCAAAGAACACAGAAGGCAUCUUGGCUCUGUCUCCCAUGUCCCGUCAAGUUCAUCCAAACGCUGAGGGGAAGAGAACAUGAACCCCUCCUUUACCCCGCCACCCUCUUCUUCCUCAUCUCUGCUUUUGGAGAGAGGAGUCAGAGCGUCCAGUGAGCAGAACAAUCUUUCCUUUUUAUGACUUACUUUUAAAGCACAAUUUAACUGAACUGUUUUUCGCAAUACCGCAGUGUCUAUGUGUGUCGAUGUUCGCCAUGAUGCUAGUUACUGAGGCCUUGGUUCGCCUCUGAUCGGGUUAUUACCUUUUCACUCAUUAGGUUAUGUAUGUUUCAUGUGAGGCUCUGGAUGUUCAGGUACGGGUAGAGGAGGGAGGGAAAGGAAACAUGCAAGUGGACGAACGUUUGUGGAUGUGGAUUAGAGAAGAACCCGUUAAGAUGAAGGGAUAAGAUGAAGGGAGGAUGUGUCUUGAAUCAGGUCAGAAGAGAGAAAGGAAGUGAAAGGAAAGAAGGAACUGAACAUCCAGUCUUGCUAUUCAAAGGGCUUGUUCUGUAGUGGGUUGGAAAAGCUUUCGUCUGUAAUAAAAUAUUAUAUUGCUACAACCGUGCCCAUUAUACAGUCAAUGGUCAUGUCCAAAUACAAACAUUCACAAGUGAAGGGAUGCAGCAUUAGGGCUGCAGCUACUAUUCUUUUCAUUAUCGUUUAACCUGCCAAUUAUUUCCUCGAUUUAAUCAUUUGAUCUGUAAAAUGUCAGAAAAUAGUAAAGAAUAUUUCCAUCCCAGUUUCUCAAAGUCCAAGGUGAUCAAUGAUGUCAAUUCCAAAACACGAUAUUCAGUUUAAUAUGAAAGAGAAGCAGGACAUCUCUGUAUUUGAGAAGCUGAAAACUGCAUUUUCUGACAUUUCUGCAUGAUUAUUAUCAAAAGUAGUUACUGAUUUAUCGAUUAGUCGACUAAUCAUUGCAGCUUUGUUCCACAUGCUUUUAUUACUUGAGGUGCCAUCUGGCUUAAGAGCAAAUAUUGUAGUCAGACCCUGCCAUUAUUAAUAUUAUGAUUUUACCGUACUCCCAAAUUUGUUUGAGUACAGGCAAGAAAAAUAAACAGGGUCUGCAUUUUCCUUCAGGUCCUUGUGUCUUAUGUGUUUUCAAGGGUAUGAGGCCUUAAGUAGAAGCCAGCACUGUUAUGAUUUAGGUACUUUUUGCACUCAGUGGGAUUUGGAGGUUGUAUUAAUUUGAGUCACUGCUUGAAAACAUUUAAUCACGGCCAUGGUGGGCCUUUUAAAAUAAAAGGUGAUCGUUUCAAGAGGGGAAAAAGCAUUGACACAUUAUUUUGGUCGUAUAUCACAUCCAGGUUUAUAAUAUGUAUGAAAGAAUAUAAGGGGGGAGGAAAAUUUGUAUUAAGAAUAAAAUAAAGAAAUGUAUUUCCCUUAUGCCUGACACUAAUACCAUUCUGUAUUCAUGUGGUUGUUUCUGUUUAACACAUGUGGUUCACACUCUGGCCAGCAGGUGGGAGUAUUCCUGUAGGAAAACUUAUGAAAGUUAAUUCUAAUUACUGCUUUAUAUUCUAUGUUUAGAUAAAGGGAAGCGUAGAACGUUGUGCGUGACCCUUCUGAUGUCUCGAACAUCCACUUAGCUCCAACGCUGCACUUUUACUUUUGUAUUUAACCUUUGUUUUACUGACACCGUUAUCUGAAGUAUACAGAUUCUAAUGUAUUAAUGAGAACAUUUAGCAUAAUGCGUACCUGUUGUAACAAAGUCGGCUAACAUUUUGACUUAAGAUUUGAAUAUAUAUGCAGCAGUACUUUUUCUUUUUUGCUUUCCACAUGUAGAGGUCAACAGAAGGGAAUCCAAAUAAAGCCAAAAGUGAUUUUAUUUUUCAAGUAAUGGAAUAAUAUGUGAUGCUUUCGUGCUAAUUAGCUGAAACAUUUAACAAAUGAAGACUCUGUUCAAUGUUUUGUAUGUUUGUAGGAGAAGAGGAAAGAGGGCACAGCCAGUUCCUAUCUUUCAGAUUUGUUGUAGAUUUCAUAUCCUUCGUUUUCCAGUAAAGCAGGAGGUUCAGGUUUGUGUCUGUCUUUGUUAAAUAUUAAAUGUCCUGUCACUUCUUCAUGCCUCCCCUCUAAGAACAUGAUCCUCUGUAAACUACUCAUGGCUAUAUUCAGUUGCCUCUUUUUUAAAAUAAAGCAAUGGAAGCAAA